AUGUCGAAUUUCUCGGCGGCGCUGCGACUAACGGACUUGAACGACUUUAUCGCACCGUCGCAGGCAUGCGUCGUCACCGCGCAGGGGCAGCGCGUGGGUGGGGGAGAGGUGAGACGGGAGGGGCGAAGGAGCGGGCUUGCUGAUGGAUCGAUGGAUUCGUGGAUGCAUCAGCGCAGGGGUGCAUCAUGUAUCCACGUCUUAUCCCCCUCUCUCGUCCCGUUCGUCACCUUCUCCCGUCCUUCUCACGUCUUUCUCCCUCCCCCUCUCCCCCCCCCGGACCCCCUAUGCGCGGGCGCGCUGCAGGGUGUGGGCGCAGCGGGGGAGGUUCAGAUGCGGGGAACGGGCGGAGGGGGAUUCGAGCAGACGAGGCAAGGGCGCGAGGGCGAGGCAGUGAAGGUCACUCUGCAUGACUGCCUCGCGUGCAGGUGUGUGGCGCCGCUGCUGCUUGUAGCUUCACGUGGGUGCGUGACGACGGCGGAGACGGUGAUGCUGGAGCAGCAGAGCGCGCACCACAUGCUGCACCACCUGCCGCACCCAGGCGCCCACGUGGACAGCGCAGGGCAGACAGGGCAGGGGGGGGACGGGGGGCAGGGGGGUGAGGGGCGCAAGGUGGUGGUGGUGUCGCUGUCACCGCAGUCACGAGCAGCGCUGGCGGCCCACUAUAAGAUCACUCCCCUGCAGGCCUUCCGCAAGCUGACAUUGUUCCUGCACUCACUGGGCGUGGCGGCGGUGUUUGACACGAGUGCCUCGAGGGACGUGGCGCUCAUCGAGGCCUGCCAUGAGUUCGUCUGCGCCUUCCGCCGCCACGCUACUGCCCAUGCCACCACCGCCCUUGCCUCUGCCCCUGCGGGCACCAUGAACGGGUCUGUCAGUGGCCAGGCUGCUAUGCCGCAUGCCUCCUCCGAUCACCGUGCAGCUGCAGGAGCAACACCAUCAACACCAUCAGACAUGGUACCAACUGCAGGUUCAGCAGCAGCAACAGAAGCAGCAGCAGCAGCAGCAGCACGAGAGAGCAGUGCGGAGGCAGCACAAAAGUCUGGCCAGUCCGCCCCUCCCAAUGCCACACCGCCACCCAUCCCCACUGACUCGCUGCCACACCUGCCUGUGCUCGCCUCUGCUUGCCCUGGGUGGGUGUGCUACGCGGAGAAGGCCCACGGGGAGUACAUACUGCCACACAUGAGCCGUGUGAAGAGUGCCCAGCAGACCAUGGGCGCGCUGCUCAAACGCUUCUACGCCUCCAGGCUCAACACCUCUCCAGAGCAGCUGUACCACGUGGCAGUGAUGCCCUGCUAUGACAAGAAGCUCGAAGCCGCCAGGGACGACUUCCUGCUGCCCCGGGGGGCGCAGGGGGGCACACAAGAUGGGGGGGAGAAUUCUGAAGAUGCACAAGGAGACGGGGAGCGGUUCACAGAGGUGGACUGUGUGCUGACGUCAGGGGAGAUCUUCGCUCUACUGCAGGAGCAAGGAGUGGACUUCAUGGCUCUGGAGGAGCGCCCUCUCGACUCCAUGCUGACCAACGCGGACGCCAGCGGCCACCUCUACGGAGUAGCAGGCGGGUCAGGCGGGUACGCGGAGGCCGUGCUGCGCUACGCAGCGCUGGAGCUGUUUGGUGUGCACGUGCCCCCGGGCCCGCUGGAGUGGCAGCAGGUGCGCAACGCGGACAUGCGCGAGUGCAGCGUGGCGGUGGACGGGCAGCACGUGCUGAGAGUGGCGUGUGCGUACGGCUUCCGCAACAUUCAGAACGUGCUGCGCCGCGCCAAGCAGGGCCGCUGCCCGUACCACUACGUGGAGGUCAUGGCCUGCCCGGGAGGGUGUCUGAAUGGAGGGGGCCAGCGUCCACCGGAGCAGCGCAAGGCACAGCCAACGAGGAGCUACCUGCAGGACCUGGAGGCGCACUACCUGGCUCAGGUGGAAACGCGCAGCCCGUUUGCCAAUCCGCUAGCCCAGCAGAUCUACUCACAGUUCUUGGGCUCGCCCCUCUCCCCUUCCGCGCAAGCUGUGCUGCACACCUCUUUCCAUGCCCGCCCCAAAACGCUUGCUCUCUCUGCACCUACUCUUGCUGCUAGCUGGUAG